AUGGACCCUCAGGAACCUUUCUCCGGCACUGGCGGAGGUAACAGGCCAUCUCCUAGAAGAGAACUACAGGGUCCUCGUCCAACUGCGCUCAAAGUCAGUAAAUCCUCGCACAAGAUCAGUAAACCACCAGUUGCGCCGCCACAUCACCACCCAGCACCACCACAAGUAGGUCAGCCUCCUCCGCAGUAUGCUGAGGACCGCCAGCCGGUGAUAAUCUACGCGGUUUCACCAAAAGUCCACCACACCACCGUCGGCGACUUUAUGGACUUGGUUCAAAGACUCACAGGCAAUACCACCACCACCACCACCACCGAUUCUACCUUCGCAUCCGGCUCUACCUCUUCCACAGCCGACUGCGUCUCUCCGGCAGCCAGGCUAGCAUCUAUAGAGAAAACAAGUCCUUCUGAAAGACAAAGAGAGAGAGAAUUCACAGUAGAUAAUAUUAUGGAUAUUCUUGAAGACACUAAUCUUGAAGUAGGCCAAGGUCCCGGAAUAUUAUCUCCGGCUCCGGCAACUCUUCCACCCAUAUCGCCAGGAUUCUUCUCUCCGGCUCCGAUUGACCCGUUUAUGUUGGGGUACAACAUGUUCAUACCAAGCCCAUCAACCUUGUUUUCAGCUCCAAUGGUGUCUCCUUCACCCUCUUCUUCUUUCGAUCUGUUCAAUCCGUUUGACUUUUAG